AUUUUUAAUAAACUCCCUCUCUGGCGCAGCGGUGUUGACACUCUCCUCUCUGGGAACCUGGGAAGAGAAAGUCUCAUCCCUCAUCCGGUUUCCAUAGCACCCGCGCCUUGGAGACGAGAAGGGGAUUCGGCGCUUUGAUCUACACAGAUAGACCUGGAAAGUUGGCAACUAAGACAACAUCCAGCUCUUGAAGCACCCGCAGCCGAUAAACUGUGCUGCUUCCCGGGCUAUGAAACGGAAUUAAGCUGACAUCUAACGCUACAAACGGCCUUGGUCAAGUCCAGGUUCUACGGGUCGAACAGCGGCUGAUGGAGCUGUCCAGGUGCUGAAAUCGUGAACGUGCGCUUCCCGGUAGAGAAGAGAAUUGAACGAAUUGGCAAGACCCCGCUGAAGCCUGUUUGCUCUGUCCAAGGUGCUGCCCGUUCAGAUUGCACUAAGUUCUGUCAAAGUGUCAAAGCGUGUUUUGAUCAAAGGCUAAAACCGACUUAACUCCAGGACUGGGUCUGUGAUGGUGAUGUGAACAAUACAGCAACGUUUUGCUUAAAUCAAUUACAACUUGGGAACGUUUUUAUUUUUUAUUUCCCCCUACCAUCUUUACAAAAGGAGCGUCUCCCAGCACAAUGGCCCCGUCUACAUUUGCGUUGAGCGAAUCAAGUAAAGCACUGAAGACUUCUUUCUAAUUCGGUGUGUGAACGUCGUGUCAGAAGACCCUUGCCUUUUUUUCUUCCGCGAGUGUAGGCGUGAUAACUUGUUCUCUAUUUUUGGGAAGCCAUUGGUAACCUAGUUAUAAUAUUGCUUCAAAAAAAAUUGCUUAAAAUUCGUAUGUGCAUUUGUACUUCACCAUAAUAUGGUAAUUUAACAAAAAAAUAUCAACAUCAUCAAUUGGAAUGGAUACCAUAAAAGAACGAGUUUUCACCCCUGGCAAGGAGGGUCUGAAAAAUGUUGCUGGAAAAUCACUCAGAACUCUUCACAGGGUUUUGGAAAAGAAACAGAAAACUGGGGAGGUGAUAGAACUGACGGAAGAUGGCCGUCCUCAGGAAAAGAAGGAGAAGAAAGCGCCUCUGUGCGACUGCACCUGCUUUGGGUUGCCCCGCCGGUACAUCAUCGCGAUCAUGAGCGGACUAGGGUUCUGCAUAUCCUUUGGAAUCCGCUGCAACUUGGGAGUGGCGAUAGUGGGCAUGGUCAACAACAGCACGAUCCACCAAGGAGAUAAGAUACUCAUCACAGAGAAAGCAAAGUUUAACUGGGACCCGGAGAUAGUCGGGAUGAUUCACGGAUCCUUUUUCUGGGGGUAUAUUGUCACUCAGAUCCCCGGAGGGUACAUAUCAUCCAGACUGGCAGCAAACAGAGUUUUUGGUGCCGCUAUCUUCUUCACCUCCAUUCUGAACAUGCUCAUCCCCUCUGCGGCGCGGGUGCACUACGGGUUAGUGAUCUUCGUCAGGAUAUUACAGGGGCUUGUCGAGGGAGUGACCUAUCCAGCCUGCCAUGGAAUAUGGAGUAAAUGGGCUCCACCAUUGGAGAGAAGCAGACUAGCUACAACUUCCUUCUGCGGUUCAUAUGCAGGAGCUGUGAUAGCCAUGCCUUUAGCUGGGAUCUUAGUGCAAUAUAAUGGGUGGUCUUCUGUCUUCUAUGUUUAUGGCUGUUUCGGGAUAUUGUGGUACAUGUUCUGGAUCCUGGUAUCUUAUGAGAGUCCGGCUGUCCACCCCACCAUCACGGCCGAGGAGCGCACCUACAUCGAAGAGAGCAUCGGAGAGAGCGCCGGUCUCCUCGGACCGGCAGAUAAGUACAAGACCCCUUGGAGGAAGUUCUUUACUUCCAUGCCUGUCUAUGCAAUCAUUGUUGCAAACUUCUGUAGAAGCUGGACUUUCUACUUGCUUCUAAUCAGUCAGCCUGCCUACUUUGAGGAGGUCUUCGGGUUCGAAAUCAGCAAGGUUGGCAUGCUCUCAGCUCUGCCACAUCUCGUCAUGACAAUUAUCGUGCCCAUCGGAGGACAGAUUGCAGACUAUCUCAGAACCAAAAACAUCCUUUCAACCACCACCGUCAGGAAGAUCAUGAACUGCGGAGGUUUCGGACUGGAAGCAACGUUUCUCCUUGUGGUUGGAUACUCUCAUAGUAAAGGCAUUGCCAUUUCAUUCCUGGUCCUUGCAGUGGGCUUCAGUGGGUUUGCUAUAUCAGGGUUCAAUGUCAACCACUUGGACAUCGCGCCGCGAUAUGCCAGCAUCCUAAUGGGCAUCUCAAAUGGAGUGGGAACGCUGUCAGGAAUGGUGUGCCCACUGAUAGUUGGGGCAAUGACGAAGCACAAGACUCGAGAGGAGUGGCAGUACGUCUUCUUAAUUGCUGCGCUGGUCCACUACGGAGGAGUCAUAUUCUAUGGGAUCUUCGCUUCGGGAGAGAAGCAGCCGUGGGCAGACCCCGAGCAAACGAGCGAGGAGAAGUGCGGCUUCAUCAACGAGGAUGAGCUGGCAGAAGAGACUGGGGACAUUACUCAGGGCUACAGCAACCUGGGGGUGGCCAAGACCUACGGUGCUACAACUCAGCUCAAUGGAGGGUGGCCCGAUGGCUGGGAAAAGAAAGAGGAGUAUGUGCAAGAAGGACAGGAUGCUCACCGUUACAAGCAAGAGGAGGACUACUCAUAACAGAAACAGGAUGCAGCUGAUUUUAUUUGUAGUGUUCGUGACGAAAUUCCAUUGUGGUUGUUUGCAGAAAAAAAAAGUGGUGUAAAAAAAUGUAUAUAUACAGUAUAUAUUGUAAAACACAUAUCAAAACGGCGGGUUGUAGUGUAUAAAUGAAUAUAUUAAUUUAAGUGCACUCUGUAUAAAAUUGUGACUCAUUAUCACCUCCAUUUAGGCUUACCCAUGUUAGAAGGACUGAUGUAUGGUUUGAUUACCAAAUCUGUAUUUGGCAACUAAUCCUCACUUUAUGAGCCAGUAUCCGGUUAUACCACUGACCGUUUUCGUAUCAAACGAAGAGAAAAAACAAAGCAUUUUUAAAUGUAUUAUUUAAUACACCUAUUAGCAAUGUCUUGGCCUUCCUCUGUGCUGUGUUUUACAUGUCAUAGAUGGCAAAAAAACACUAUUUCGCUUUCUAGAGAGCCUCAACUGUUUCAAGGAUUUGUCUGCCAAAACAAGUCCUUCAUAUUUGUGUGUUUACAAUUAUCAAAAUGUAGAUAACAGAGCGGGUAAUCCUGCCCAAAAGUGUUGGGAGGAGUACGGCGAACAAUGUGAAUUGAAGGAUUUUACUCAGAUUUACAAAGCACACUUUCGUAAAAGACGUUACGUUUACACACAUGUUUGGCUUUGGAAGCCUCGAGCAACAUCGACAUAUAGGUUCAUCAUCUUGACUUCCAUUGAAUGCAUAUGGGUCAAUAAUUUAGUGAGCCAAGCACUUACUAGCAUCAGUUUGCACAAUAAACCAAAGGUAACACCAAGAGUAGGAUUCUAGGAGGACCAUCAGAAAAAAACCACUUCAGCUUCAGCACCUGUUUUCAUACUGCAUUUAACAGACUUGCAGCAUUUGGUGUACCAAGCAAUAAACCCAUGGUAAUGAUUGGUGUCAUCCCAUCUUUUGAAAUAUAUGUAACAAUGUAGCCUAAUGUUGAUGUUUUGGGGGUUGUGUUUAAAAUAAUAAUAAUCAUAUAUGAAUACUAUGAAUUAGUGUUUAUGGAGUUUUGCAUUGUGAUGACUUGAGGAUUGUUUUCAGAACUAAAAAAGGUUCCUUCCUUGCUUCGUGCCUCAAAGUGAUGUAAAGUGUGGGUGUUUUUGCUGUGUUUAUUGGAGAGGUGUGGACUAUGUCACCUUUGUAGCUGUCAAAAGUGUUAAUAAAAUGCUUUGUCUGUCCUUUUAUAAUUAAAAGUGAAUCUGCUAAAUCUAGCAGCUCCCUCCUGGAUAACCCACCAAUGUUAAAGAGAGAGAGAGAGAGAGAGAGAGAGAGAGAAAGAGAGAGAGAGAGAGAGAGAGAGAGAGAGAGAGAGAGAGACCCAGUAAAUGUCGACUGGAACUUUUUUCCUUUUCUGUGUGGAUUGCUGCCAUGGGGAAACUCUUUCGAUAUCACAUCGUGUUAAACAAUAACAUCAAUGUGCCCUUCCCUUAGGCACAGUUUCCAAUCAAAUAUAAUUCAGUCAAUGCAUUGGAAUGGAAAGUGUAUUGUUCUGCGUAUAAUAAAAUGUUUCAACCCAGGCCUUUUUCACAUAUGAUGCUAUAACACAAGUCACACAAUCUUAACCUGGGACCCAAAGCAGUCAACUGUACAGUCCCCAAUAAUGAGUGUUUGGGAUCAUUCUCGAAUGCGCCUUAAAUGCAAUUCGGUAUGGUUCCCAUAUUCUGGCUUCAGCUUCUUGCACAUGUCUAAUGGACCGCCAAACAAUAACCAGAAAAUGAAACAAACUUUUAUCCCAAAAUAACAACAUGCUUCUUUUGCCAUGGUGAUCGCCGAUGUGCUUCUGCUCUGUAAAUUGUGAAUAUACCUUUGAUUGCUAUAAUUUAAAGAGCUUUUGAGUAAAGACUAUUGAAAAUAAGACUCAUGUAGGUCUGGAGAUCACAGCGAACAUGACGGUCAAUUUGUUGAACAGUUCAGUUCACCAGAUACAAAUUUGAUUGAUCCAAGUAGGGCAUUCUACUUUGGAGCGAUGAGCUCCAGUAAAUUGUACGGGUUGUUCCUGAAAAGCUGCUCACCAGCAGGCUGUCUGCCAUUUCAGCUCCUUGCCCCACAGUGGUGACGCCAGGGGGAGGCUGGGGGUGGCAGGCGCCACCCCUGAAAUUUGUCCACCUCCCCUAAAAUAUCCACUAAAAACUACAUCUACCAGAAUACCAUGUCUUCAGUUACUAGGUGAUAGUACACCAGAAAAAUCCACCUGACAAAGCAUUAUCCAAUCUAUGGUUAGCCUUGUUACCAUUACUGCCAAUCAGAGUAAGAAUUAAGAACAUUUGAAAGCUACUCAGAGAAGUCAUUGUCAGUGCUGACGACAUUUGAAUGAAGCGCGAAGACUUGCUUGAGAAACAAACGAAACUGGACCCACGACUUGUACUGCAGUAAGAAAGGUGCCUACACUAUUAAACUGUUUUAUAACAUGGAUUCUAUAAUUGAUGUAUUUCCUUAUUUUGUUUCACUGUAUUGUGAGCUUUAACUGAGAUGAAGAAUUUCUUGUUAAAUACAGGACCCAAGUAACGUAAUCCCAAAGUCGGUGUUAUGAAACCCAACUGCUAUGGUGUAGGUAUUAACGCUUCUGAAUCAACGCAUGCAUGAAAAAUGGGCUAAUAAUAAUAACAUUGAUGACACAGGUAGAAUUUGGUGUGGAUGGAGUAUAAUUUAGAACUCAUAGGUUCCAUUCAUAUUUGUGUACAACAAUACUUCACAUAUUCCAUUCAAAAUUAUAUGCUUUCAUUAAGCCAGUAUAAAGGUACAUAUUUAUGAAUUUGUCUAGUUUCCUCUUCAAUGCAGUGACCAAACUUCCUGCUUUAGCAAACAUACGACAGCAUGUUACUGUGUGACGGUUUACGAAGAGCACAUUUUCUGUACUGCUAGGAAAUAAGUAAAUGGGUUAAAAAAAAGUUGAGUAUUAUGAAAAAAAAAAAAGAUUUACGAAUGCUAUUUGAAAAAUAAUAAUAAUAAUAAUAAUAAUAAAACAGAUGAAUGUGCUGUGUUGUCUUGGAAAACUGCAUUGCUGGAAUAUGCCCGCAGAGUUUGAAAACUAUUUGUUUGAUGUCAGGUUUCUAGUGAGUAUUGAUAAUACUGCAUUACUGGAGAUGAAACGGGGCCCGUAUUCGUGGUAUUUACAAAAGUACACUGCGUAAAGUUUCAUAUGGAAUAGCUAAUGUCAGUCAAUGUGAUUAACAAAUAAACAAGUUUUUAACAA